AAUUAGACAAAACUAAUGCCACUUCGAUCACAUUGAUUUUUUUUUAAUUUUUUGAGAAAAACUCACCACCAAAAUUCAUCAUUGAGAAGUGCGAGACUACUUUCUACUAGUUCACGUGUGUAAACUACCCUACUAAGCUUCCCUAGUUCAUACAAGCCUUGAUUCUUCAAAACUUUUUCUCAUAUUUUCCUUUUUUAGGCUUUCCUAGGUUUUGUUGAUUGUGAUCUUAGUGUUUGUUUUCCAUUUGCUGUUAAUUCUUGUUGUCCCAUUUGGGUUUUUGCUGUAGUUAAGUUUCCAGAGUGAUUUUUUUGGAGGUGGCGAAAGAUCAUUUGGUGAAUCAUUUUUACCUCAUUACCGCAAAAAAAUGGAUUCUUGCUGUGUGGCCGCCGUUAGAGGUAAUGGGUUUUUUGGAGAGAGAAUUGGGAGUAAGAAAGGAAAUGUUUUUGGAUCAAAGAAUUUGGGUGAAAAUGGGAAGAAAAAAUUGCAUUUGAAGCCUGGAGUUGCUUACUCUGUUCUAACACGUGAUAUCAACAAAGAAAUGGCUGCACUUCAGUCCACACCACUUCCUGAGGGGACUCCAAAUGCAAAUCCAGCAAGCGUUGCUUCGAUAAUCUUGGGGGGAGGUGCGGGGACUCGCCUCUUCCCUCUCACUAGCAGAAGAUCUAAACCGGCUGUUCCUAUUGGUGGUUGUUAUAGGCUAAUUGAUAUCCCGAUGAGUAACUGCAUCAAUAGCGGGAUAAGAAAGAUAUUCAUCAUGACGCAGUUCAAUUCUUUCUCCCUCAAUAGACACCUUGCUCGGACCUACAACUUUGGAAAUGGUGUGGGUUUCGGAGAUGGUUUCGUGGAGGUUCUUGCUGCCACUCAAACACCGGGAGAAACAGGAAAGAAAUGGUUCCAAGGAACUGCUGAUGCAGUUCGACAAUUCAUUUGGGUUUUCGAUGCUGCCAAAAAUAAAAAUAUCGAUCACAUAGUAAUCUUGUCCGGCGACCAUCUUUACAGAAUGGACUAUAUGGAGUUUGUUCAGAAACAUAUAGAUACAGGUGCAGACAUUACAGUUUCGUGUGUACCUAUGGAUGAUGGCCGAGCCUCAGAUUUUGGAUUGAUGAAAAUUGAUCAAACGGGGCGGAUCAUUCAGUUUGCCGAGAAACCAAAGGGCUCGGAUCUAAAAGCAAUGCAAGUUGACACCUCUAUUCUCGGACUUUCUCGACAAGAGGCAGCAAAAUUUCCCUACAUUGCAUCAAUGGGCGUGUACGUGUUCAAGACUGACGUCCUACUGCAGCUUCUGAAAUACACGUACCCUUCGUGCAAUGAUUUUGGCUCCGAGAUCAUCCCUGGAGCCGUGAACAACCACAAAGUGCAGGCAUAUUUGUUCAAUGACUACUGGGAGGACAUUGGAACCAUCAAGUCAUUAUUUGACGCCAAUUUGGCCCUCACGGAGCAGCCUCCAAAGUUUGAUUUUAAUGAUCCAAAGACCCCUUUCUACACAUCUCCAAGAUUCUUGCCUCCUUCGAAAGUCGAAAAAUGCAAGAUAGUGGAUGCAAUAAUCUCCCAUGGUUGCUUUCUGGGAGAAUGUAGCAUUCAGCACUCGAUUGUUGGUGUCAGAUCACGCCUAGACAACGGUGUUGAACUUAAGGAUACUAUGAUGAUGGGAGCAGACUAUUACCAAACUGAAUCGGAAAUCGCGUCUGCUAUCGCGCAAGGGAAGGUUCCAAUAGGCGUUGGACAGAACACCAAAAUCUGUAACUGCAUAAUCGACAAGAAUGCCAAGAUCGGGAGGGAUGUGAUAAUCGCAAACAAAGAUGGUGUCGAAGAAGCGGACCGAGCAGACGAUGGAUUUUACAUAAGAUCUGGAAUCACAGUAGUGUUGAAGAAUGCCACCAUAAAAGAUGGAACACUCAUAUGAAACUGAACAUGUUUUAUAGGAAUCUAAUAAUGUUGCUGUCUUUCCCAAUUCUGUGUUUUGGGUGACAAUGAUUUUAGGUGAUGUAAAUUAAAAUUCGAAGCUUUGUUUGUAUGUAAAGAACCACUAGGAAUAAUAACAGAAAACAUCAUACUUCGGCUUAA